GUUAGCCGUUAGCAUCGUGAGCUAACCAGCCGGAGUGUAUAAUGGCGGCCUCGGUGUUGCUGGGGUCUGCGGACAACACCGGACUAAACUUCUCGAUUGGAGGCGGCAGCGGCGGUGGUUCUGGGAAUGUUUUAGUAGGGAACAAUAACGGACUGGGCUCGGCGGGUCCCGCGCCCUGGAACCGGUCUCUUGACCGGGCAUUGGACGAAGCCUCGGCCACCGGGUGUCUGAACCUCAGCGGCAGGAAGCUGAAGGAGUUUCCCCGGAGCGCCGCCAACCACGACUUAACGGACACCACCAGGGCCGAUCUGUCUCGUAACCGUCUGUCGGAGCUUCCUCUGGAGGUUUGUCUCUUUGUGUCUCUGGAGAGUCUGAACCUCUACCAGAACUGUGUGAGGUCUCUGCCGGACAGUCUGCUCAACCUACAGGCCCUCACCUACCUGAACCUCAGUCGGAACCAGCUGUCUGUCCUCCCGGUGGUGGUGUGUUCUCUGCCCCUGAAGGUUUUGAUCGUCUGUAACAACAAGCUGGUGUGUCUGCCGGAGGAGCUGGGCCAGCUGAGACAUCUCACUGAACUGGAUGUCAGCUGUAAUGAGAUCCAGACUCUGCCGUCUCAGGUGGGUCAGCUGGAGGCUCUACGGGACCUGAACAUCAGGAGGAACCACCUGGUCAGACUGCCCCCAGAGCUGGCAGACCUCCCUCUGGUUCGUCUGGAUUUCUCGUGUAACAAAGUGACGUCCCUCCCCGUCUGUUACCGUCAGCUCACACAGCUGCAGACCAUCGUCCUCGACAACAACCCUCUGCAGACGCCACCUGCACAGAUCUGCAUCAAAGGGAAAGUCCACAUUUUUAAAUACCUGAACCUGGAGGCCAGCAAGACAACCCCCGACCUCCCAGACUACGACAGACGACCUUUGACCUUCGGCUCCUGUGUGGACGAGCUGUACCCCGGGCGUCCCUACGGAGCUCUGGACUCUGGGUUCAACAGCGUGGACAGUGGAGACAAGAGAUGGUCGGGGAACGAGCCCACAGAGGAGCUGUCAGAGCUGCCUCAGAGAGUGGCUGAGAUCAGCAGAGAGCAGAGACACAGAGGAGGAGGAGGAGGAGGAGGAGGAGGAGCUGCUCUGCUUGCUAACGGCACACAUGUGGAGUUGGAGCAGAUAGACUUCAUAGACAGCUGUGUGGAGGAGGAGGAGGAGGGGAGGAGUCGAGGACGAGGAGGAGGAGGAGCAGGAGCAGCAGGGGACGGUACCAGCCUGAGCUCUCAGUUCAUGGCCUACAUCGAGAGACGCAUCACCAAGGAGGGUUCUCCAGGCAAAACCAACUCGACGAGGACGGACGACACAAGGAGACACAACAGGAGUGUGGUUGAUGGUGUCACAGCGCCCUCUAGCUCCCAGAGUCAGAGGGGUGUUGGGGGUGUGGAGAGGAUGAGGAGGGAGGCUCAGCUCGCUGCUCUGAAGUACGAAGAGGAGAGACAGAAGACCCGACCUCUGCAGAGAGACUCUGUCACCAGCUACAACAAGCACAAAUCGGCUCAGAGUCCCACAAAGUCCAGUCCAGAAAGCGAGACUGUCUGCCCCUCCAGACGCUCCACCCACACAGAUGACUCCGCCCUCUUUAUGGGUGAGGACAGAGCUGCUCUGUCUCCUACAGCCAAUCAGUCGUCUUCUUACCCCAGCUCAGGGGGCGUGGCCUCCUGUCGGACAGCCAGUCUGAGACCAGAGAGCUUCCUGUUUCGUCUGGGUCAGAAAGAAGAGAAGAGGAAAGGUGAUGCUGCUCCUCAGAACCAGGAUGAGGCUCCUGCUGCUCCUCUUCUGGUCGGUGAAGACGCUGAGCUGGUGGAGCAGCUUCGAAAGAACAUUGAGGCUCGACUUAAGGUGUCGUUGCCUAGCGACCUUGGAGCAGCUCUGACGGACGGGGUGGUGCUCUGUCACUUAGCCAAUCACGUGAGACCGCGGUCCGUCCCCAGCAUCCACGUCCCCUCCCCCGCCGUGCCUAAACUCACCAUGGCCAAAUGUCGACGGAACGUGGAGAACUUCCUGGAGGCGUGUCGCCGGAUCGGAGUUCCACAGACUCAGUUGUGUCUCCCUCUGCACAUCCUGGAGGAGCGAGGGCUCCCCCAGGUGGCCGGGACCGUCAGCGCCCUGCUCGACCUGGCCCCGCCCCGACAUCCCGUCACCCCGACAACCACCGCACCCGGACCCUCCGUCAACAUCUAGACGACCGCACCAAGACCGCCGCACGCGCUCAGUGGUCGUGGUGCAGGCCGACGUACAGGAGAGGACACCUGCAGCAUCAUCAGAUAGAAAGUGAACACCUGAGAGAGGCAGGCUGGAUCUGAUGGAGAGACAAACAGAAACACACACACACACACACGCUCCGAGCGAGUGUCAGGACAUCACACCAUCAGAACGCCACAACUCUGAAAAGAGCACGCUUCAAAACAAUACAGUCUUUAAAUAAGUGAUAGAACCACAGCUUCACUGAGAGAGAGAGAGAGAGAGGAUGUCUGUCGCCAUGGCCUGAAGAAGAACGUUGUUUUUUUUCUAGAAGGUUAAAAUUUGGGUACGGUGAUCUCUAUGUAAUAUGAAUCCUUCCUUUUUGAAGGAUUUAGCCGUCUGUAAGAUCAGAACGUUUCCUAAUCAGUAGCAGCCGUUACAUGACGAGUAAACAAGCGAACAAAGAACAGAAGAUGACCUUCCAGACGUCACAGUUUCCAUCAGUAUUCACACGUUGAAAACCGAGUUUUAAAGGUGACAUAUUUAAAAUCCUCUUCCUCAUGUUCCUCUAACUCUAAUAUGUGUCUCUAGUCUGUCUACAAACCCCCCAAUGAUGAGAAAAGUCCAUCCUCUCCGUCUUCUGCCUGCUCCACUUUUCAGAUAAUGUGUUCAAACAGGCCGUUUGGAGAUUUUCCCUUCAUGACAUCACAAAGGGCAGUAGCCCCUCCCCCAGGUGGGUGACACUCCCACAGCUAGGUGUUUGUUCUGCCCUCUGAGUCUGCCUUCUCACCGUAAACAAUAGGACAUGGAGCGAGAAAGACUGAGUACACCCAAGCCCUUCCGUAGAGGGGGCGUGGUCAGACACAGCUCAUUUACAUAUUUAAAGGUACAGGCACAGAAACAGUCUGUUCUGAGCAGGGCUGAAAUAGAGGGGUUUAUAGACAUGAUCAAAUACAGGAUCAGAGUGGAUUUAGAACAAGAAACUUCACACACAUGUUUUGAGGAGCUCUGAGACUUAUUUAAACUGAAGAAGAAGAGGAGGAGGAUAUGUCACCUUUAAUGUUCUGUUAUGAUUCCAAAUAUCGAUACCUGUUUGAUACACGUCAACAAAACUAGAAGUCUACAGACCGGAUAUUUAGAUUUAAAUUUAGAAAAAUUGCAGACAAACUCCUGCACAGCGUGCCGUCUCUCCUCUUGAGGUUAAGCGUGCGACUUUAUUUAAAGCUUCUCUUCUUCAUAUUAUCGCCGUAUUAUGGUUCCGACACAUCGUCAGCGCGCAGCGUGUUUCUUUUUGAACAUUUUCACGGUUUUAACCCUUCGCUCCUUGUUAUGGAAACGUCUCUGAAAACACUUUGACAGGUAGAAACCAUGCAGGGACUAAACCCUGACACCAGGUUAGAUCUCGGUACGUGGCUCCGCUGACUCUGCAGACUCUCCUCGUAGAAACCUGGCUAACAGAGCUCAAUGCUAACGUGACUUUACAUUAAACAUGUUGAGGCUGAAAGUUUUUAUAUGAAACCAGAAGGUUGUUUAUUAAAUUAUGCUUCUUAUUUAUUUUCUUAAUGACACUAAUGUAGCCGCUGCUGCUAACGUGGCUUAUCUUAAUGUAGGAGAGGACGCUAACUGCCAUUUGUCACAUACUCCGGGCUCGCCGCAGAGUCGGAACAUACGAUCAGGAGUCUGAAUGUUAGGUUUUAUUUUGAAAGUGACGCGUUCCCUCGUCUGACUUCCUGUCCGGGUCGUUCUGUCCAGCUCGACGCGUGCUCGCAGCGUUCUCUAUCAAAGAUAGACUCUCAGUGUGUUGAUACGGAGCAGAGCGUAGUAGCGCUGUGGAGACGGACGGCGGCGCUCGCUGUGGAAACGGGACCAUCGACUUUAGAGGCAGCUGGUGUGCGUCGCUGACGGAGCGCGGUGCACACGGAGUAUGUGGAGAUUGGCAGCACCAUGUUGUUAUACUUUUUAAACGAUCUCUUGUUCUUAUGAUCCGUAGUUUGAAAAAGCAGCAGAGCUUUAAAAUGACCUCGAGGAGAGGAAGUGAUGCCCAUAUAUGGUCUUCAUUGGACACAAACAUAACGUGUGAACGGCUGCUCAGGUCGGAACAACAACAACAGACACUUGGGAGAAUUUGGCGCCCAACUUUAACGUGGCGAGAGAGGUUUUGGUGCCUUUGCUCCUGGUUGUCAUGGAAACGGCUUUGACCACCGAGCUGAAACUCUCUAAACGUUUACACGUCUUCGUCUCUUCGUAGCAUCCACGGCGUUUGUUGUUGUUCUUCCAACAUUCAGACUUAACGAACUGAAAUCAUGUGAACACGGCGAAGUCGCAGACUCGCCAUCCGAGGAGCGAGAGCGCCAACACGUACACAAACCGCCAUGUGGUGGUGCAGCUGAAACGUUCUUUCCUCUCCUACACAGGAAGUGUGUUUAAAGCUCUUUCUGGUCAUAUCGGUCGUUUAAAGGUCGGAUUUCAAACAACACUUAAAAACUUUAAUGGUAAAUAAAGAGAAGACGCUCAGACAAACACUAAACCCUCUGAGUUCAGUCACGCUAACAACGAUGAUCUACAAUCACUAUGACGAGCUCGCCAGGACACUCGAAAGUUGAACGUUAGCUUAAAGUUAUGGACACAGUCUGGCUAUGCUAACGUAGCUCCACACUACGUCUGGUGGACGCUGACAGCAGCUACAGACGGAGCUCACAUUACGGAGGCCCUGAAGGGACAAAUACUGAAAAUCAUCAGACUAGCUAGUCGUGGUCACGAGACAUUUGAACCUGUUCCCGUGUAAGAUGGACGCGUUCACGAGAAAGGUGGAGACUCUCUGGUGAACGUGAAGGACUUUCUCGUGCUCACCUGAGACCUCGUGACCUCGUGACCUGUGACAGCCUCCAUAUGAACCCGUUAGCUCUGCAGGCUCUGAAAGCUAAAAUAAGCUAACAUUACAACAUGUGUUCAGGAGAGGCUAAUGUAGCUCAAUGCUAACGUUAGCAUUCAUGUUUCUGUCAUCAGAUCCAAACAUCACACUUCUUUAAACUCACCUUUUACAUCUUCACUGAGCUCAGCAGAGACAGAGGUCAUGUGACCAGGACGUCACGUGACAACGUCGUUACGAGGACACACAUCAUGUGACGAGGAUGUACGACGUCGCAUGGCGUCCAGGACGGAAGUCAUGGGAGAUGGUCGACGUCAUGUGAUGAGGAUGGAGCUUCCCUCUGUGAUGUCAUCACGUUCUUAAAGGAGCAGUACACGAGAGAACCGGCGUGUUUUCUCUCCGUUUAGAGACAGGUGUUCACAGGUAAACAGACGGACUGAAGAGUCUGUUCUCAGGUGACUCUAACCUCUCAAACUGGUUUAAAGUGGAGCUCAGUGUGAUCAGCUGUUCAUCAGCUGUUCCCCGGCUGAUCGUCAGCUGUUCGUCAGCUGAUCGUCAGCUGUUCAUCAGCUGUUUCCUGUUUACAUCUAAACUUUGUUUCAUCACAAACUCCAUCUUCUGCUUUUUUCUGUGUAAACUGUCAGUUUGGAGUCAGACUCCGCCCACACAGAGAGACAAACAUGUAUUUUAACCUUAGAUUUGAACGCCAUGUUAAAGAGCGAUGUGAGGCAUUCAGGUGAUCGGGAAAUUAGGACUCUGAAGAGCUGAAGCCAAGAGUUUUCCCUCAACACUAAAGCAGCGGUGAACCUUCAGCACCUGAACGCAUCAUCCUCAAACCUCCCCACCUCACCUGUCACCUGUGUGCUCCUCAUCAGUGAACCGGCUGUUACCAUGGCGACAGGUGUUCUCUGUUUGGACCGGUGACAGAUUUGACCCUCCUGUUUGUACAGAUGUUUCCUGUUCUCUUCUUCCUGUGUUUCUCCUGCGGCGGUGAAGGGUCAUGUGGCGGCGGGGUCAUGUGGCGGCGUGGGUCGUUUGGCGGGGUCGUGUGGCGGGGUCGUGUGGCGGCGGGGUCGUGUGUUUCUAAAGGACAUUCCACAGUUUUUCUUCUGGACGACGAUCAGACUGUCUCACAGUUUUAAAGUUUUACAUUUUUCCACUUUGUUUUAUUUUUUCUGAAAACUGUAAAAAGAUUUGAAGCGAGCUGUAAGAAGAGUAAAGUUUAAUGCAUUAAAUAAAUAUUUUAAUUUGA